GUGAGAGCCGACAUGCCGUUCCUGCCGCAGGCACUCGUUAUCGUUGUUCGUCUGAUACCGGUUUGAAAGCUUCGAGACAAAGUUCCUUCGAGUUCCUUCUUCCCCUUUCAGCGUCUCUCCUUAAGCAUUUGUGCCUUCUUUCGCAAACAAGUGCUCUGUUGUACCUUGUGCGCCCUCGCUUCCAACAAGUAAUCUUUACAAAAGAGAAAAGGAUAUCAUUGUAAUAGCGCUAAAACUUGGAAUAAUAUAAGGAUUAUAUUGUCGAUAUCAAGAGGAUAAAAAAAAAAAGAGAAUCAAGAGAAAGAGAGCUACGUUUUCUGGAAUUAGAAAACAAGUUGCAGAGAAGAGGAGAGUUGUGUUUUUCUUAUCCUUUUAACAAUUAAAAAAGAUUACAAGAGAGAGAGACUUCCUUCUUUCUCUCUCACUCGUGUUCUUCCUUUUUUCUCCUCUCCCACUUGCAACUCCUCCUGUAGCAUCCGCCUCUCUCUUCCUCUCUCGCUCAGUAUCCCCCUUGUUCCCACCUUUCCUCUGAACGUUCCUCGUCUAAGGCGCGAGGUAGACGGCACCGUGCGCUACGUAAACCGCGCACAGGGGAUUUCUAAAUUCCUUGGGCGCGGGAGAGUUUUAGCGAGGUUGUAAAUAUGGCGUGUGAACGGUGGUGCUCAGAACGUGGCGACUAUCAGGCGACCGGUUCUUCUUCUCCUUCACAAUGGCCUUACGUACUACUACUCCUGGUCGUUCUGCUUUGCUGUGGCUCGUCAUCCCUGGCGAUUGGCGAGUCUGAUUAUGAACACUAUGGCUAUUAUGGAAUCAUGUCAAACGCGAAAUCAUCGAUCGACUAUAAAUCCCCGUAUAUAUCCAUCAUUCCUGAAGGAGAACUACUCCAUAGAGAACGUCGAAAGGCUAUCAGUAAAGACAAGAUAAACUCUGAUAGAGAACCUCAAGCUGAACUAGCUGACGACAAGGAGCAACAGGAACAGCAACAGCAACAACAGCAGCAGCAAGGGUCAGAACAAACUUCUAUUAAUCAUCAGAUAAAUCUGCAUCCACAGUUGACGCUUCAACAAAACCUGAAACAACAACAGGAACAACAACAACAACAACAAAAGUUUGCUAAUGCAACAUCAAACUCACAAUCAGAUAAUAGUUCUUAUUCGACGAUUAGUGGACCACCAGAGAUUCACGAAGCAGUUUCUACCACCACUCCAAGCAUAAUGGUUUCUACACAAAAAUCUGAAGUUACAUCGAAGAAGAACUCAGUCGUUGUAUCUCAGCCAAUGAAUCCAGUAACUGGAAGUGCUUCACAGCAACGAUCAAUGUCUGGUGACACCACUGAGGAAUCGGAUAUUAAUGAAGGAGGCUAUGUUAGCGAAGCAGUCAACAACGAUCAAAACAAAAAGGUUCCAGAGGUUUCAGAGUCUACCACUGCAAAGGACAAUAGUAAUGAAAAAGAACAGUCAGAUACAGACAUAGGUGACAUAUCCAUCACCAAGUUUUCUGAUAUGAAUUCAUUUAAUAAGUUACUCACGCAAAACAACAUCACAAAGACCGAGACGGAUACACAUCAAUAUUACAACAGCUCAUUCAUCAUCGACGAAAAAUUUGCAAAAUCAUAUUGGGUUGACAUGGAUAACCAUCCUGAUCUUCGUGUUAAUCAUUUGCUUAGCCAAAGUCACCGCCGUGCAGCAACCGUCAAAUUGAAAUUCGACUUCCCGUUCUAUGGUCACAAGGUUCGUAAUAUCACCAUUGCAACGGGUGGCUUUUUAUAUACUGGAGAGUAUGUACAUAGUUGGCUAGCUGCCACUCAAUACAUUGCACCACUUAUGGCGAAUUUCGACACAAGACUUUCCAAUGAAAGCUUCGUUAAAUAUGCCGAUAAUGGUGUUUCAUUUACGGUCGAAUGGGAAAAAGUUUAUCUGCAGGAGAAGCAAUCAGACGGUUCAUUCACUUUUCAGGUAACUCUGCAUCAAAACGGUGACAUCGUUUUCGUCUAUUCCGUUAUUCCUUUCAUAGUAGAACAAAUAGAAGACACUACACAUCCUGUAAAGGUUGGACUCAGUGAUGCCUACAUUAUGGACAGGACAGUAUUCUUUGUUCGUCGAAAAACGAUCUACGAAUACCAUCGUGUCAAUUUCAACAGACAAGACAUUAAAAAUUGGACGGUCAUUUAUUUACGUGCAUUACCCACUUGCUUGGAAAUGGAUAACUGCCACGAUUGCAUAACAAAGUUAACAGAUUUUGAUUGCAAAUGGUGUUCCGAAUUAAAUCAGUGUAGUACUGGUACAUUCAGAUCACGACAAAACUGGCUAUUGAAAGGUUGUGACAUUAGACAUAUUAAAGAAGUGGACAAAUGUCCACCAUCUACGACUGUUUACAAGGAACAAGAAGAAGGACAUGAUCACGAUGGACACGUGCAUACGGAAGAAGAUGCUAACAUAAGUAAAUCUAUUGUGAAGAAGAAAAGUCCAGGAAACAGUCCUUUAGAACAUACUCGAGAAAAUAUGAACAUGAGUGUGUCAGGUAUAAUUGGGAUUCUCCUUAUGGUCACUCUGAUUGCUGGUUUAGGAGGAUGGGUUGCCUAUGCAUAUCGUAAUCCUCACAGUGCAUCUGGACAAAUGUUGAUCAGGUACCGUCCAAGUCAGUGGAGCUGGCGAAGAGGGGAAGCACGUUACACUGCUGCAACAAUCCAUAUGUGAUCACACAUAGGCAAUAUAUGAGAAAGUAAACAGAAGUUAAGGAAUACAGAACUGUUGGACCAAACUUCCUACUAAUUGUAUACUACUGCAAACACCAGACACAACAAAAGUACAUACCCAUCUAUAAAACGUUUGCUUGGACAAUGAGAAGCAUUUCCUUCCAGCAAAAUUUGCAAUAAUACAAGUUAAGAUCAAGUGUACGUAGAUCUAUACAUAUAAAUAUAUUUUAUCAUUGAUUA